UCUGUAGCAAUGAGGAGAGGUCCUGGAAAGUUUGGCAAUGAUUUAAGAAGAAACUCACCUUUCAAAAGGCACCACUAAUUGAGGGGGUAUCUUGGAGCUGCAUGUUCAGAGAGUUUAACCCCCGUUCCCGCCCCGUCCAGCUGCAGGUGGAAAUCAGGCGGCUGCAGGUGGCUCACACUGGGGACAACUGAGGCACUGAACCUAGGAAACCAGCGGGCUGAUCAAACCGGUCCCUCUGCAGGCAGGGUAAAGCUGCCUAUGGCCUGAGCCUUCAGCGUCGGCGGGUUAGAUGAUUGAGAAACAGGCGCCCUCUAGUGGCGCUAGCUCCUCCCUGCAGCGCACAAAAAAAAAAAAGUUCAGGAGGAUGGGAAGUUUGGGAAAGUUGGAAGUUGCUGUAAGUUUUUGCCUCCUCGCUGCGUGUGUGUGUGUCUGUGAUAUUGACAUGCAGAUCAGUACCCGCCUUCCUGUGCCUGUUCAAAUAGCCGUCCCCAGCUCCAUCCUCACCAGCGAGGCUCCAAGCCCCCCUCCUGAAAAGCUCCUUUUGCUCUCCCACCUCCUUUCCCCAGCGCCGAAGAACUGCGCCGGCCAGCUCAGAAGUGGCUCCUCCGAUCUGCAAACAGAGCAUGGCGGAGGCUGGGGCUCCGCCGCAAAGCCGGGCUCAUCCUCGGAGCAGCCUUUCCCCGUCUGACAAGCCCUGAGCAGAGAGGGGGGCUCCAGGCGCCGGCUCCUGCUUUGCACUUGUCGCCUGCGGACGGGACGGACGAAGUUUGUCUGAAUAACCAGACCAGGGGAAAGACGGGGCGCGCGGGGGGGGGGGAGGCCAUUGAGACCCAGAAGAGCCACCGGGGACGGCUCAGCUGGGGAGAGGCAGGAUGCAACCCAACCUGGCGCUGCUCUACUUCAUCUUCGGGGGGAUCCUGCCAGGCGCGACACCCAGGAGGAAGCAGAUGGACCCCGGGCCAUGUGAGCUGCCCCGAUCGCAGGGAGAGCUAAACUCCUUCUUGUGGACCAUUCGCCGGGACCCCCCGGCCUACCUGUUUGGUACCAUCCACGUGCCCUACACGCGGGUGUGGGACUUCAUCCCCGAGAACUCCAAGGCAGCGUUCCAGGCCAGCUCCAGCGUUUACUUCGAACUGGACCUCACUGAUCCCUACACCAUCUCAGGCCUGGCCAGCUGCCAGCUGCUGCCCCACGGUGAGAACCUGCAGGACGUGCUGCCCCGGGAACUCUACCGCCGUCUCAAGCGGCACCUGGAGUAUGUCAAGCUGAUGCUGCCACACUGGAUGACCCCAGACCAGCGGGGCAAGGGGCUGUAUGCCGACUACCUCUUCAACGCCAUUGCUGGCAACUGGGAGCGCAAAAGGCCCGUCUGGGUGAUGCUGAUGGUCAACUCCCUGACUGAGACGGACAUCCGCUCCCGAGGGGUGCCGGUGUUAGACCUCUACCUGGCCCAGGAGGCUGAGCGGAUGAAGAAGAGGACAGGAGCUGUGGAGAGGGUGGAAGAGCAGUGCCACCCACUGAAUGGGCUCAACUUCUCCCAGGUGCUGUUUGCUUUGAACCAAACCUUGCUACAACAUGAAAGUCUACGAGCAGGCAGCUUGCAGGCUCCAUACACUACUGAAGAUCUCAUCAAGCAUUAUAACUGUGGAGACCUGAAUGCUGUCAUAUUCAAUCAUGAUACUUCCCAGCUCCCUAACUUCAUCAACACAACGCUCCCGCCACAUGAGCAAGUGACGGCUCAGGAGAUAGACAGCUACUUCCGACAGGAGCUCAUUUACAAGAGGAACGAGAGGAUGGGGAAAAGAGUGAUGGCCCUUUUAAAGCAGAACACAGACAAGAGCUUCUUCUUUGCCUUUGGAGCAGGUCACUUCCUGGGUAACAAUACUGUGAUUGAUGUGCUGAGACAAGCAGGCUUUGAAGUGGAGCAUACACCUGCUGGACAACCAAUUGGAAACUCAAGGACAAAGAACGCAAGCCCUUCUUUGGGAGGGUCCUCAGGAACAGCUGCAUCUGCUGUCCAUAUUUUUGAGCCUGUACCAGUGUCUUCUCCCUCUUCGAUUCCUCUUCAGUCAGAUGAAGAAGACAGCCUUCCACCUCACCUCCUGCUACCAGAUAGCAUCAGCCAGCUGGAAGAGUUUGGCCGUCAGAAGAAAUGGCAUAAGAAGCAGCACAAACACCAUCGCCAAAGGCAAUUCAAUGACCUGUGGGUUCGAAUAGAAGACAGCAUGACCACGCUACCUUCCCACAUCAGGAUAACCAAUGGCUACAUCACAGUCAAUCCUCCCAUUUGGUUUUCAAACCAACUGGAUCAGAGACCACGUUCAGAUCUCCCGUUCCACCAUCAGCCAAAAAGCUCAGCUGCUGGCCGGGUAUUGGCACCAUCCAUAACUGCUUCUUUCUAUGUGGCAAUAGUGUCUUUUCUCCUGAGUCUAUUGAGGCCUUCCUGACCAACCUAGGAUUAUGUGCAAUACCUAAAAUGGAGAACAGAGAUAAUUUAUGAAUGAGUGUGUGGUUUUCUCCAUAACGGUUUCAACCUGGACCUUCUCACCGAGGAGAAAUGGUAGCGCCUCUAGCUGGUUUUGUCUCUUAGCCCAGAUAUAUUUUGAAACUCUAAAGCUUUAUUGUAGCACUGACUUACAUCUUCUUUUUUGUAGAAGGAUCUUUAUUUCCCAUAGUGCUAUGGGGCUUUGUAAAAUAUAUGUGUUCAUAUAUAUAAAAAAAAGAAAAGAAAAAGUGUAUUUAUUCAGCUGGUAAACUUAUUUUUCUUGGUAUUGGAUAUGUUAAUAACAUCCCCAUUAAACAGUAGUGAUGAUGAAACAGAUAAAUUAAUAUUUUCUAGAUUUGUUUUUUUAACCACCGAAUCUGAAAUGACACCCAAAUUUUUGGUCAUUAAAAUAUUACACUAGCUCUCCCAUAGGCAAAUUUAUGCUGAUCACUGAGAUUAGUGGGGGGGGGGUAUAUCCAUUUAUCAUAAUUUAGACAUAUUUUAGACAAUUCAUGCUGUCUGUGGCCUUGGUGUCACUAGGGAAAAGGACAUGUUCUUAACUCAAGUUAGGGAACCCAAGGUAAAAUCCUCUUGAAGAAAAGACCGUUCGUGGUUUUCACAUGAGUUGGCAAGUCAAGAUAAACCCUGAGCUUCCCCCACUGCCUUUAACUCAACCUGUAAGAAAGUGCAGACUGUAUUGUCUUCACUAGAAUUAACAAACUAAUACAUCAUGAUAGCUAACUUCAGUCAAGAACUCACCUUUUUCCUAGUGAAAACGCAUGGCAUCAGUCUGGAGUAACUCUGCGGAGAUGGUUUUUCCUCUCACACCCUUUUUGCAUGAAUGUGACUCCUCACUGGAUUUACUCCAGAUUUACAAAAGUGCUAAUGAGAGCAGAAUUUGCCCUACUUAUGGGUUUUAAAUGUUUAAUAGCAUGCUAGUCUAUAAAACUUCUCAGCUGUGGCCACGCUUCACCUAGAGUAAGUUGGGGAUGCAGAAGCAUCGUAAAGUUCGCUUUUGUAGCCACGAUCCUGCUGCUGUGAUAUGUGUGGCUGCUUUCUCUGUAAUGUUCUGGCCUGAUCCAAAACCUGUUCAAAUCAAUGAAAAGACCCCCACUGAUGUCAGUGCGUCUUGGAUUUGGUCCUUUCAAUGGGUUUUGGAUUAGGUUCUUAGAAGAGCAUGAAGACAAAGGGCCAGAUUCACAGCUGGUCUAGAUCAUGGCAGCUCCACUGACUUAAACAGAGCUGUGCCCAUUGACACCAGUUGCGAUUUUGGACCAUUAUCUAUGUAACUAGUUUUGAGCUUGGCAGUGGUGGAAAAAGUACAUCUCUUGUUCAUAAUUCCAAUCACACUUUGAAAGACAACGCUAGAGAAAAAAAGAGAUGGACAUAUGAAACUUUGCCCAGGCAUUGUCCUCAAAGAGAACGAGUCUUUUGCCAGAAGAUAGCUGGGUUAAUAGACCUGGUCGAAAUGUUUUCAUCAAAACAGUUUUUAAUGAAAAAACAAAAUGAUCAAAAUGAAAUAUGUUUGCAGAAAAUUGGAUUAUUUUUUAGAAGAAUGGUGCAAACCUAGGCAGGUCCACGGUUUGCUGAACUAGGUCUAUUUUUCCAGGGGCAAGCACAUAAGGCUUCAAGUGAAAUGGAAGACAUCGAGCUUUGCCCCCAGGGACAGCUUCAAGGACAUCGCAUGCAUACUAUUCCAUUGUAUAUUUUGGUGUGUGAACGAUUAGAGAUGUUGGUUUUGGAAGGAAGCCAUUCCCCUUGCAUGAUAUUUAUUGCACUGGGCCGUAUAUUGCAAGCGUGUUUUAGGAACUUCCGUUACAGCUUUAUUUGAGCGGUUACACUGUUGAGGACUUCAUUUGAAUAUAAUGUCUUAAAAGGCCUUGAAAUUCAACCUUAACGCACCUAAACCAGGGACGCUCAAUGGCUGUAUUCUAGACAAUGACUGGACCAUCUGAACUGAGAACUGUGAACUCAUUUAAGAAUAAAUUAUCCCACAGUAAAUGAACCCACAGAUAAUGCAGGUUUUCUUGGUGUGAUGCUACAGUACAGAGGAAGUUUAUUAUUACUUGAAUAUGGUAGCAUAGCACCCAAAGACUCCAGUUGAGAUGGUGGCCCUAUUAUUCUAGGCUCUGUACAAACACACAGUGAGUGACAAUCCCUGCCCCCAAAAAUGUACAGUCUAAGUCAGGGGUGGGCAAACUAUGGCC